AUGACCCAGGAUGCCAACGUGGGAAGCGUGCGCGCGGUGCUGUUUGACAUGGAUGGCCUGCUGAUUGACAGCGAGCGCAUCUAUACGGAUGUCGUCAACGAUAUCCUGCGUCCCUACGGCAAGGAGCAGACCUGGGAGAUCAAGUCGCAGCUUAUGGGCAAGCCCGAGCGUGAUGCUACGCUGACGCUCCUUAGUGCGCUGUGGCCUGUGCGCGAUGGAGACAAGGAGGACGAGGCGCAGGGCUUUAGCACCGAGUGCCCCUUUACCAUCGACUCGUUCCUCGAGCGCCGCAAUGCCGACUUGCUUCCCGCGUUCCAGCACGUUGCGCCGAUGCCUGGUGCUGAGAAGCUGAUUGCGCACCUCGCGAAGCACAACGUCCCCAUCUCGGUUGCGACCGGAAGCAAGCGCCGCAACUUCGAAAUCAAGUCGAAUGCGAACCCGAACCUCUUCACGCCGUUUGGCAAGCGUGCCGUGUGCGGCGACGACCCCCAGGUCGUGGGCCGCGGCAAGCCGCACCCCGACAUCUUUCUCGUCGCGGCGCACACCGGCCUGGGCCUGCAGGACAGCGAAGAGGGCCGUGCAUGGCUUGCUGGCAUCCGUCCCCCCGGUGCCGAGCACGACGGCAAGCUCCUCGGGCACGAGAGUGAGGUGCUUGUCUUUGAGGAUGCGCUGCCUGGCGUCCAGGCGGGUCUUGCCGCUGGCAUGAAGGGUACGUGCUCGCUCUACUAA